UGAUCGACGGGCUGUCCGCUGUCAACAGCCAUCACCUGAUUGGGAUUGGGAGUAAAUUGCUGGAUAAUAUUUAGUAAUUGCUGAAUUAAAUAAAAUAACAACCGAAAAUGUCUUCAAAGGAUAGAUUACCAAUAUUCCCUUCCCGAGGUGCUCAGAUGUUGAUAAAAAAUCGAUUGGCUGGAGCACAAAAGGGUCAUGGACUUCUUAAGAAAAAAGCAGAUGCUUUGCAAGUGAGGUUCCGUAUGAUCCUGAGUAAAAUUAUUGAGACUAAAACUUUGAUGGGUGAAGUCAUGAAGGAAGCUGCAUUUUCAUUGGCUGAGGCAAAAUUCACAACUGGGGACUUUAAUCAGGUAGUUCUCCAGAAUGUUACAAAGGCUCAAAUAAAAAUUCGAUCAAAGAAGGACAAUGUUGCUGGUGUAACCCUUCCAAUCUUUGAGUCAUACCAAGAUGGUUCAGACACUUAUGAGUUAGCGGGUCUGGCUCGCGGUGGGCAGCAAUUGACCAAGCUCAAGAAGAACUUCCAGAGUGCUGUGAAGCUUCUGGUUGAGUUGGCUUCACUGCAGACAUCUUUUGUCACUCUUGAUGAGGUGAUCAAGGUUACCAACAGACGUGUUAAUGCUAUUGAGCAUGUAAUCAUACCACGCCUUGAAGCAACUCUUGCCUACAUUAUCUCCGAGUUGGAUGAAGUUGAGCGUGAGGAAUUCUACCGGCUUAAGAAAAUCCAGGACAAGAAGAAAAUCAUCAAAGAUAAGGCUGAAGCUAAAAAGAAAGCUUUGGCGGCAGCCGGUGUGGAUAUUCGUGGUGAUAUCGUAAAUCUUCUGGAUGAAGGCGACGAGGACUUGCUCUUCUAAAUCCAUUCAUAGCCAUACAGUAGACUGCAAUUUGGUCCAAUGACGUUUGAUCAAAUAUUAGUUCAAAGUUUUCAUAAUGUUCUGUACAUACCCAUGUUAACGCUUAAUCGGUUCUCCCUGUUUGUAUGGCUAAAUGUAUGUAAGCAUUCCAAGGUUUAGAGUUAUUCAGUUUUUAAAUCAGAUAUUUAUAUUACAGAAGAAAACAAGUAAGGCAAUGCGUAUACGUGUAGAUAUGCGUAUACGCGAAAACGCGUGCGUACGCGUAUACGUGUGCAAGUAUGUUUAUGGUAUUGUCCGCGGGAAUGUCCCUUAAGUAAAGAUCGCAUAAGUACACCAACUAGUAUUUUCGUUGUUAUAUUUUAAGUAAGAUCAUGUAAAUAAAAGUUUGUGAAGCGAUAUAUUAUGAAUUAUAAAUAUUAUUGAUUGAAA